CCGGCCUCCAUUGUGCGCUCUCGACCGCCUCACCUCUACUUACCCGUCUUGCCUAGGUGUGCUUAUCCCUAGUCGCGCGGCUGUCGAGAGCGUCAACUCCUGACGAGAAGGAUUCAGGGGAGCUAGAACGGGCUCUAGGGGGCCGCGAUAGGCCCCUUGUAUUAGGAUAGGCCCCCAGGCUCGCUAUUCUGGUAUUGAAUAUCUAUAGAGGUGGAGUUGGGAUUCUAAUCUCUGCGCAACACCUUGCAAAGGCCAGGGAGCACCCGCGCUCAUCGGCAAUUCGACAUUCCCCCUUAUCGAAUACCUUCAAAUAUGCAAGAGUCGAGGACAAUUCUCUGUUCAAGAUGCGAAGAGAUUGAGCUCGCUUCAUAUUUUCAAAAGGAAAUGCACGUUUUGCGGGUGCCCUCAGGAUCCGUCGGGCCUGCUAGAGAUGCAGCAAUGCUAUACUCCCUGACAGACCUUCGCAGAACAUCCGAUACUUGUGUCCUAUGUGGAUUGGUAAUGGGGGCACUGCUCAGGUGGUGGGGCCUGGCGAAUUGGUUGACUGCGGACAAGUAUGUUGAGUGGGCCAACGACGCGCCGGGACUAGAUAGCAAUCCUCAAAUCUUUCUCUACAGCUACCUUUAUGCAGAAGAUCAAUCCCUAGGAUCCAAGGCCUCACGGCCAAAUAUCGAUCUAAACGAGACUUUGAUUAGGCAAUGCUUUCGCCUGGGUAUUGCGCUAAGAGGACAGUCGGACCAAAAUAGACCAUACCUCGAUCAUGCAGGCGACAUUCAGCUACUCUCGACCAGUUCCCCACUUCGUGGCUCCAAGCUGACUUUUCAUGGAAGAAUUGUCGAUCCUAUCCGAGCAAAUAUUCAGCUUGCUAGAAAAUGGCUUGAUGAAUGCGAACACGGCCAUGGAGACCUUUGUGAGAAGGCAGCUCACUUUGACGAUGUGGCCUACACAAGUAAGGCACCCCGCAAUCUCCGCGUGAUCGAUGUGAACUCUAUGUCCCUUGUAUUGCUCCCACCGGAGGCCAAGUAUAUUGUGUUGAGCUACUGUUGGGCUCAGUCAACUCGCUCUUUCACCACGACAAAGUUAAACAUCGCAGAUCUUCAAAUGCGCAGCUCUCUCUCGGGCGUAUGGGAUUUGCUUCCGGGAACAAUACAGGAUGCUAUUGACUUUGUUCGGGAAAUUGGCCGAGAGUUCUUAUGGGUCGAUGCACUAUGCAUAAUCCAGGACGACGACAUGGACAAAGAGGAGCAGAUCUUGCAGAUGGAUCGGGUGUACGACAACGCACUAUUGGCAAUUAUAUCCGCCCCAGCAGCCGAAGAAGAUUCGACCCGGUACGAUGGCCUGCCUGGAUAUCGUCUGAGCCGCCGGUCAUUUCAAAACACAGCCCGUAUACAUGGCCUCGAGCUUUGUACCACAAUACUCAACGUAGAGCAAGUCACGAUGACUAGCCCCUGGAAUACACGAGCGUGGACUUUUCAAGAGGGUCUGCUCUCGAGAAGGCGACUAUUCUUCACCGAAUUGCAGCUCUACUUCCAAUGUACGUGCGGAGUGUUCUGUGAGGAUGUCGUGGGCGAAGGAAAAUCCCCUUCGGCGUUUGUAUACCCUGGAACUAGCCUUUGGAAUAUUGGUGGGCUUUAUAAUAACCUGACGCACGGUCAAAAGUCUAACGGUCAGGGACUCUCCCGAAGCAAGUUUGGGAACCCUUCGGCGGCCUUCGAAUACUAUCGUAAUGUAGUAGAACGAUAUACGUCUAGAGAAAUGUCAAAUCAGGGCGAUGCGCUAGCGGCGUUAGAAGGGGUGAUGUCCAUCCUUAGGACCACCAUGAACACCGAAUUUAUUCAUGGACUCCCUGAAGUCUGUCUGGACGAGGCCCUUCUCUGGCACCAACGGGGACCGCACCGGCGACGAAUGAUACUACCGACUGGGAAUCUGGGUGUUGGCUUUCCGUCCUGGUCAUGGGCUGGAUGGAAUGUUUUGUCAAAUUAUCGGGCGCAGUUCACGAGGUACAUUCGGCGGGAAGUCGAUUGGUACCUGGUCAAUAGAGAUGGCACCGGAUUUAAGGUAUCACUUCCUCAUGGCUCGGAACCGUCGAAGCCCUUUGAACCAUCUAAGCACGAAGAUAUUCGUCCGCAGGGCAGUCCGCCAGCAGCAUUUCUGAAUACCUUGCGGCCCAGAGAAGAGAUGACAACACAAGAUCUAAGAUCUUGCUCCCUUGCUUGCUGGACAAGCACGGCCACCUUCCAGUUCCUGGGUGACACACUCGAUCUUGGCGAACGCAGCAUAGACUGGCCAGACCACGAAGCUUUCAUUAUAUCUGACCAAGAGUCGCAAUCUGUAGGCACGAUUUUUCUAGAAAAGACUUGGACCGACAUGAUUGAGCAGAAUCAGCAUCGGGGGCUCGAGUUCAUGCUCCUAUCCCGGUCUAACAUGGUCGAUGACAUUGUUUCGGUGGAUGAAGGAGUGUUUCCUAUGGAUGAGUGGUGUUUUGUUAAUGUCAUGCUGAUUCAGAGGUAUGCUGACGAGGCAGCGAGGCUUGGGGUGGGAGUUGUGCAUGAGCUGGCUUGGAUAUCUGCGGCUCCAGAGGCAGCGCUGCUGCGUUUGUGGUAGCUAGAUGUGAUGCGAGGUAGCGAAACGCGUGGCAUAACAUAAUCCAUUUUUCAUAGAGGUCCUGUUCGGGAUCCUUGGGCGCCUCUUUGGGCUCCCAGGAAUAAUCGUCAAAACUUGACAAAAAUGAUAUGAUGUGUGCCCUAAGCCAACAUCAAGCCUCAUUAAUUAAGUGGGUACUACUCAGGUU